AUGCUGACCUCUAGAAAAGCCCUCAUUAGCAACCUGAAUUAUGUCCACCUACAGCAUGUGUCCCUUGGGGUUCAACUGACCAUGCGGUCUGAGGUGAUGGAAGACCCAGUGGGUCAGGACACAAGCCUGAAAGAUGUUCCUGCCCAUCAAAACCAAUAUAAAGGCACUUCGGAUAUGCUAUUGGUGGACGCCAAUUCCAAUGACCCAUCUGUGCCCUGCCAGUGCUGUGACCAGCAUUCCUGCCAUGCAGAGACCAUAAAGUACAGCUCCAGUGAGAACCUGGAGACAAUUUUGUGUGACGACUAUCUGUCUCCAGAUGACCUUCCCGCUGAGUCCCCUAUCUCCAUCAUCUCCCUCCACAGACAGCAGUAGCUCUUCAGAUUUCACAUUGGAUGAUUCUCCGGUGUCUAUGUACUACAAGGAAUAUUCUCAAGAUGACCUGGAGACACCAGACCAGCAACCAGACAUCAUUCCUCUUGAUGUGGAGAGAGAGAACUCUCCUUCUUCUUCCCUAGAUGACUCCAUAGAUUCUUCACACCCAAUCACUGCUCUGGCUUCUGAGCCAAGGAGUAACAUGCCUGAGAACACCAUCAACAACAACAUGUUCCCAGAUGAUGUCCCAUUCAUUGACUGGAGCUCAGACACGGUCUUAGACAGCAACUGCAAUUCCCUUCUAGACACUCAACAGCCCGAUCCGCCAUCAUUGUAUUCUACCUCCAUGGACGUGGAUGAAGUUGUGGAUCCAAAACUCCAACCGGAUGUUGCAGAAAAAGAGGGACGUUGCCAAUGCAAACCAAACAGAUGUUCACCGAUGGCCUUUGGAUGGAGAUCUUCUCCCAAACCUCUCUGUGCCAGAUGAGCCUUCAGCACAAACCCCCAAAAAGACGAUCACCUCCUUCCACGAAACUGGCUCAAAGAAGGCGGAAGAGCGGGGGCCCGGCGCAGCUAAAGAAGGAUAAAAGUGAUUGGCUAAUAGUUUUUUCUCCAGAUGUGGAGCAGCCACCGGUAAACGAACUCACAGCCUCAGCUUUCUACCAUGGGCUGGUGAUGCCACAAGCUCAACCUCUGCCAGAAGGAAAAGAGGUCACCACCUUCAGGGAACUGAGAUAUCGCAAUUCUGUCAACAAGCAGAUCAGUCAACAUGUAAAAGCCCCCAUCGCUGUGGUCAAGGGGCCACAAAACUUGGGGACCACUAAUGCUGCGGAUACCCAGCUAAUAAUGGAGGUACCAAACAGUUCCCAUUACUUCAUAGAUAGAAAGAACCAUCAAGACCCCACAAGAGAGAGUGAUGGGCAAGAACGAGGGACACAAGAGGGCAACAUCGGGCCGGCCAGAGGAGCUCAGAAAGCAGAUAUGAAGCUACAAGAGCUGGACACAGCAGAAGCCCCACAUAGACUAUGGGCACGGAAUGAUCACCAAGCCGGCACGCUGGUGGACUCGCUGUCCGUCAUGACCAUGAGGAUGGGGAAGCUCCGUUCACCCGCAUCAUUCAGCAACGUGUACAACAGAAAGGAGGAAGCCCUCACAAAGGAGAACAAGGCGGGGGUGCAGCGGAGAGGAAUGGCGGAUGGUGGUGACUACAGAGGGCCUAGAAGUGUUUGGCGCUCCACCAACUUCUAGGCUCCUCCUUCGGCUCGCUUCUAAUCUGACUCCGCCCCUGCUCUUUUACCACAUGGCUCCGCCCUGGAGGCUCCCCGUUGCUUUGCCCUGCCCCUGCAGACCUGGUACCCCAGACUUCCUGUCCGCCUGUCCCCUGUAGGGGCCUCUUCUCCCCCCUCAGCGAGCAAUGCUCCCCCUACUGGACACCCCAGAUGUGGCCAUCCUGCUGUCCCCCCCCGCUCUUUCCCUAGGACCAGGAGCCGAGAGACGGGGCCACCGAGGGCCCCCACCGCCGACUCGCCACACACAGGUUACUCCUCCUCUACCUACAAACCCCCCACAAAACAUCCAAUCAGAGGGCGCCCCUCAUAG